UAAAUUAUUUGUGGUGAUAUGAUUUCCACAGGAAACUGUUAUUGAUCUGGUUAGUCUGGCUGGACUUGUUUUGACCGCAACUGUGAACAUAAGAGUUUAAACUGCAGAAAAUGGAUCUUUGCAGUACCAUCGACUCGACGCCUGAUGGCAGCAGCGUGCCCUGACGCCCCUCUAACACCACAAACAUGGCGGCGCCCGUUAGUAGGUUCAUUUCCGUUUCCAGAAAACUCGGAACUUUUCUGUUUAAUUCAGUGUUUAUCGCUCAGGCGGCGACAGUGGUCCACAACAUGGACUCGGGAAGACCAACCAAGCUGGAGUUUGCCGUUCAGAUGACAUGUGAAAGCUGUGCAGAGAAAGUUAGAGCUGCUUUGGAGGGUAAACCAGGAGUAAGUUCAAUCAGCAUUGAUGUCGGUAAAGAGGAGGUCCUGGUGGAGGCUGCUCUCACCAGUGCAGAAGUGCAGUCUCUCAUUGAGAGUACAGGACGAAGGGCCGUGCUGAAGGGUAUUGGGGGAUCAGAGCGAGAUCUGGGUGCAGCCGUGGCCAUGGUGUCUGGAGCUGGAUCGAUUCAGGGCGUGGUGCGUUUCCUGCAGCUGUCUGAGGAACGCUGCCUGAUUGACGGGACCAUUGAUGGGUUAGAACCUGGACCCCACGGUCUGCAUGUCCACACCCUGGGAGACCUCACACGGGACUGCUUCAGCUGCGGAGAGCACUACAACCCAUUUGGGAAACAACAUGGAGGUCCAGGGGACUCUGAAAGGCAUGUUGGGGAUUUGGGGAAUGUUGUGGCUGGACCAGAUGGCCGCGCUUCGUUUAGGUUAGAGGACAGUCAGCUUAAGAUAUGGGACGUGAUUGGCCGAUCUCUGGUCGUGGACUCGGGGGAAGACGACUUGGGUCGAGGUGGUCAACCUCUCUCCAAGCUGACUGGAAACUCUGGUGAUAGGCUGGCCUGUGGGAUCAUUGCCAGAUCAGCGGGCCUUUUCCAGAAUUCUAAAAGGAUUUGUGCUUGCGAUGGAGUCACACUGUGGGAGGAGAGAGACCGGCCGAUUGCUGGGAAACACCGAAGCAAGAUAAAUCCAGAGACACCGGCGGCACACCUCUGAAUCUCUCAAAAAAACACCCUGAUUGGUGUCUGGACGUGGAGAUCGCCGUGUGGAGAUACAGAGUGGACAUUUUGCUGAAAGAAGACGAGGCAUUUAGGUCUCUGCAAGGCUGGAGAGAUGACUUUAUAAAGGUCUUGACAUUUUUGUAAUGAAAUUGACACAUUUUGCACUAACUGUGCUGCACCAAAGCAAGUGUGUGGUUAACGUUAUCACUUAGGAACUUCAAUUUGAGAUGUUUGUAAAAGUUGGAUUAGAAAAACCUCCUAAAUAAGUCAGAAAGCACUUUACUGCAGACAUCUUGCAGCUUGGGUAUGUUAACCAAUUUCCAUCAUCAGAUAAACGUUGGUCCUUUGUCCAUUUGGAAAGCUUUGUUGGAGGGUUUUGUUGAAGAAAGAUGAAUCGAGAACAUUGACUGCAUUUGGAGCGAAGCACUUUUGUGUCAACAUCUGUUCAGUUUAAAUCCAAAAGGUGGCUGCAGUAAGAGAUUAAAAAGGUGGCAGGAGGAAGACUCCAAUUCCAACCAGAGUGAAAGGGCAAAAGGGGCUAAUUGAGAGAGUGAGGCCUUAUGGGAUUGUGUUCUCAGCUGUUUUUCUUCAGCAUGAAGUUUCUUCAUUGCUAUUCUGCCAACCUUAGAGCCAGAAAACUGAGGUGAACUGAGUUCUUUCAUAUUCUCGUUUCUCUUGUCUUAUGCCAUUUUCUUUGAUAAAUGAAUGUAUUAUGAUAACCAAACUACAACCUGCUUACUGUCAGUGUAUAUUUCUUCUUGAUUAAAAGAUCAAUAUCAGGACGUGGUGGUGUGUGAUGUGUUGGCUACGUGUGUGUGUGUAGCAAAUCUCACAUUGAUUUUUCCAAAUUGAGCAUUUGUCUUGUUCUGCUGAUGCCUAAAUGGGCUUAUUGAAUGCCCUCCAAAAUGUUAAAUCGUUGUCUUUUUCUAUUUGUGUCAGAGCUAGAGGGCCAUGCAGAAGUAUUUAUAUCUCGUAACCUUUCCAUGCUUUUCUUGUAACAACUUUAAUGUAUCUUUAUGGGAUUUAGUGCAUUAUUGCGAAGUGAAAAAGGAUACAUGAUUUUCAAAAUGUUCUGCAAAUAAAAAUCUGAAAAGUG